AUGGGUGUGUUGGCCUUGAAGAAGCUGUGCUGUCUGGUUUUGGCUCUGACAGCGUUCAUCUGCAUCGAGACCAUCAUGGAGUGCUCCCCCUGCGAGGGCCUGUACUUCUUUGAGUUUGUGAGCUGCAGUGCCCUCGUGGUCACCGGGGCUCUCCUGCUUCUCUUCAGCCUGAACCUUCACACGAGGAUACCACAGAUCAACUGGAAUCUCACUGAUCUGGUCAACACUGGACUCAGCACUUUCUUCUUUUUCAUUGCCUCUGUAGUACUUGCUGCUUUAAACCAUAAAACUGGAGCAGAAAUUGCUGCUGUGGUGUUUGGUUUCCUGGCAAUGGCAGUGUAUGCUGUGAACACGUUCCUGGCUGUUAGGAAGUGGCGAGUGAACAGGCAGCAGAGCAGCCGACAGACCAGCGACUACAUCCGUGCUCGGACAGAGUCCAGGGAGGUCGUUCAUCGCCCCGAGAUCCAGCGCCUGGACGCGUGACAGGCCUUCCAGGGGACUGCAAAGGGAACACGAGUGCUUGACUCCCUCGUGGAACAAGGGAUUUUUCUUUAUUUACGGAGGAAAAGGAAGAUCAGAGGGUGGCAGAGGAUGCCCAGCCCUGUGUGUGCUGUCGAGUCAGGAGCUGUUGGCUGGAGGCAGGAAAUGGUCAUUCAAAAGGAAGAUCCGUUCGAGAUCUCUACAUAUGUAUAUGCAUAUAUUAUAUAGCUUAUAUAAUAUAUUUUAUAUAUAUGUUUUGAAGUAUGUUACUGUUCUGGAUUGACUGCACAGUGGUUUCCUUCCCUCUCUGGAGAUCCGUGUUCUUCAUCCGCCGCAAACACUGGGGACCAGCCCCCCCAGCACGCCUGGCUUGGCUCACACGGGAGAGGAACCCACCAGAAGUGAUUCCAGACCCCCAGGAGGAGGUGAGGGGCAAACAGCAAUAACUUCAACCACAUCCCCUGUCCAGCAAACUGUGUCUGCCCAUCCCCACAGAGCCCCAUCCGCAGGAGCUCCCGUGGCACACUCGGCUGCAGGAGCUGGAAAGCAUUCCCAGUGCUUGGGGUGGGUCCUGUGCCCACUGCAGUUCCUGUGUGUUUGGGGUGGGUCCUGUGCCCACUGCAGUUCCUGUGUGUUUGGGGUGGGUCCUGUGCCCACUGCAGUUCCUGUGUGUUUGGGGUGGGUCCUGUGCCCACUGCAGUUCCUGUGUGUUUGGGGUGGGUCCUGUGCCCACUGCAGUUCCUGUGUGCCCCUGGCCAGCUCUGAACUCGUGUGCAGUUGCUGGGGGUCCUUGGGAUGCACCAGUGCAAGGAGGUGGUUCUGUGCUAACGGUGGGAUAUGUUCUCUUCUUCAUUCCAAAAUGGGAGACAGGUGGAGAAAAGGGGUUUGAAGGACACAGUAGAGAAAGAAAGGGUUGUCAUCCAAUAGACUUAAUUCCAGCUAUGGCUUUUUUUUUUUUGCCCCCCUUUUUUUUUAUUUUAAGGUUCAACAUUUCUAGAAGUUCUUGCUAGAACUUGCUUUCUCUCCAAGCCCAGGGUAAGCAAGAACUAGCAAAAAAUUAUGUGCUUAUAAAGUGUUUCUAAGGUUGCAAAGUUGUGAUUCAUGUAAGAGAAAUAUUUCUUUUUGGAAGGAUGGUGGUUCUAAAAUUAAAACCAUUGGUAGUAGGUAAACCUGAUUUAAUUUUUUUUGAAGUAGAUGUUUCUGCAGAUUUUUCCCCAAAAUGUUUCUUUGGAAAAUGAAUUUAGCUAAUUGGAAGAUAAUAUGGUUGUAUUGAUUUGUUUAGAAAUAGUUUUACCUAACUGAAAUUUUCUUAUUUUGAUUGUACUUCCAGUGAAUGAAUUACAUUUUUCUUUACUUAAACCUCAAAUUCUGUUCCUAAUAAUACUAUAAUAUUAUUAGGAGGACGUCUCUUGAUAUUUUUCUGUUUCUUUGCUUGGUAUUUUUGUCUAUGUAAUUCAUUAUUUGGCAUUUGCUUGCCUGCAUGUCACAUGAAGACAUUGUGGGGGAGGAGAUGUCUGGAGCUGAAUUCCUUUCUGGUGUGAGGAAUAUGAAAAUCCAUGGGAUUAGUGGGACUGAGUGACUGUCUGCCAUGUAUGCCUGAAUCUGUGUUCUGAUGUAGCUGUACUCUGCAGGGGGUGACUGCAGGUACCUGGAGCCUUAAGAAAUAGGUUGUGUUUUAACCAUGAAAUCCAGGUUACACCAACCAGGAGAUCAGUAGAAGUGCCUGGGAUUUUUAAUGCUGGAGGGAGCUGGGGUAGGGACAGGUGUGACCCUAAUUCUGCAGUGUUCAAAUUGAGAGCAGAGAUUUAUCUUGAUGUGUGGGGAAAAAAGGUGACAGAGGUGAUGUCUUUGAAUUUUCAGUGCACUGACAUCUGCAAUACAUUUCACUUGGGUGGCUAAGAUGGAGAUUAAAAUUCAGAGUUACUGAUGGUUUUAAAGAAAAUUUGCAUUUUCUUAGUGAGCAGUGGUUUAUCAGUUCUGUAGUAGCAUUUUAUUGUGCUUUGUUGGAAGUUAAUGCCAAAGGGGUCAGUUUAAAAGAAGAUUGAAUCCUCUAAGCCUGGUGCUGGGUUUAGAACAGAGGCAUUUUAUUGUGGGGGUGUCUCACCAGGGUUGCUGUGCAUUCCUUGAGCAGGAAAUGCCAGUUCCAUGUUCAGUGGUAAGAGUUUGUUAUUGCCAGUGGAGUUGUUCCAGCCCUGUGUUUGUCAGCACUGCCUGGCACAGUUUGCAGGGAGAGUUUGGAGAUACUUUUGUAGAGAGUUUAUGUGUGUAGAGAUUUGGUCAAUUUUUAAUAACUGGCAGUAAAAACCCUAGAAGAACCUUUUUAAAAGUAGUACAGCAUACCUGGACUGGAAUUGUAAACUGGCAUUAAAGCAGUUUGUAUAAGGACUGUAAAAAAACCCAAACAAAACCAAAAAAAACCAACCCAAAACAUCCCCCACCAAAACCAAAAGUGAACCAAAACCACCUACUAAAUACAAAAUAUCUUCUCCAGAAAAUCCAUGUGUUUGGAGUGGAACUCCCACCUGAAAUCAAGGAACACAAGUUGGGGGAUGUGUGGCAAAGGCUUUUUGUCCCUUUGCUGGCUGAUGGCAGUGAUGGGAUGGAGGAUUCCUGGGUCCUCCCCUGUGCUCCCUGGGCUCAUCCUGGUUGUGGCAGAGCUGUGGGAGGCCUUGUCCCUCUAUAAAUUUAGGAAUUUGGUGUCUUUCAAAUCCCUGCACCUUUCCUUGCCUAGAAAAGGGAUGACUUCACUGAGUUUUCCUUGGAGUGAGGUCACAGUUACCUUUUAGCUGCAGUGACAAGUGCAGGAGUGGUACAGUUACACUUCCAAUAAAGUGUAAUCCUUGGGCACCUAUUAUAAUAUACUGGAAUGGCUUUGAGGGCUUUUACAUGUUUUCUUCAGCUGAAAAUGCCAUUAUUUCCAUCAUGACUUGAGCUUAGCAGAGCAUUAAUUUUAAAAUUACUGAUUCACUUUGUAAAACAAAAACAACUGUAAAUCUGUAAUUUCCUUAUAUUUGGGACCAAAGAUGAUUUUAGUAUUGUACAGUUAGUCUUGCUUAUAAUUGCUAGCACAGAGGGAUAGAUUUUUUUAAUCCUUAAAAGUGCUGUUUAUCUCCAUAAAGGGACUCAAACCCCACUGUAAAUAGAACUAAAUCAGAGCUAAACAGUUGAACCUUGUAGGAACGGGAUGCUUGAGACUGAAACGGUUCAGAUCAGUUGUCUUUGGUCCAACCCAGCCCUCAGACAGGGAAUCUCUGUAUUUCUGGGUGUAGAACUGACUGGGAAUUUUGCCACCUCUGCACAGAUAUCAGAAUAUUAAACAAUAGGAUCUGACUGGAGCAAGGGCAUAGGAAUGGUUGUACAGCACUGCAGGAAUCUGUGUUUUCCUGCUCUGUGUUCAGCUCAGCUCUGUCAGGCUCAGCUCGUGGGUCACACAUCCUUGUGCUGUGCAAAGGCUGCACCAGGAAUUCCUGAGGGAAGAGUCUCAGUAAAGCUGAUUCCUUCCUCCUGCCCCCGUACUCCCUGGAUUUGUACAUUGGUGCCUCAUGGAUCCAGUGCUUUCAUAACAAUUCCUGUUCAGCCUCGUUGUGUCUCUGUGUCAGGAGGAGCAGCACUCAGUGUCCCCAUCCCUGUAACUCUGGUGCUCUUUCCUUCUCUGCUGGUUUGUGAGCCUGGCUGUGCUGGGGAAGUGUUCUCCAUUCCCGUGGGAUUGUGGAAGGGAGCUGGUGUUCUCCAUGUGUUUGGGAUUUCUGGUAGAAGCCACACGCUUAGAGGUUGAGAGAAUUAGAGAUUCUCUCUCUCUCUGCCUUUUUUGGGAGACAAGGUCCCAGCUCCAGAGCUCCCAUGUCUGUAUUUCAUCCUGGGCUCUGUGCUGGGAAGCACAACAGCAGCAGUGCUCUGUGCCCUGGGAGCAGCUCCUCAUCCUUCACCUGUAAGGUGCCUCUUCCAGAGCAUUUCAGUGAAAGGGGCAGUGUGUGGUGCUGCUUCCCAGGCUCUGUCCCUGUGCAUCUCAGAGUUGUUCCAUUGGUCUGUGUUUCGUUGUUGAUUCCACAAAGAGGAAGGGAAAGUUUCCACUCUUCCCUGAGAUAAUAGUUUAGUUUUCUUUCUCUCAUGACUGUUGUCCCUUCCUAACACGUGGGGGUUCUUGCCAUGCUGUGGAUCCCAGCAGCAGAACUGAUGAGCUCCAGGCUGCAUUGGGACUGUUAGGAGGGAAUGAACCACUAGUUUUUCAUGAACUUUACUGUCCCUACAUGAAUUUGGUAUUUGUCACCUCUGUGCUAUUUAGGGCAUGUGCAGGCACAGCAAAUGCUUACCUAAUAUGUGGUUUUAUUGAUGCAACCUUUUCCCCCUCUUCCUUAGUCUUGUUCUAUAUCUGUUGUUUUCUUGUCUCAUGAGAACUUUGUAAACAUUUCUUCUUGUUUUCUUUUGUGAGGAAAAACUCUCACCAAAAAUCUAAAAUAAGGAAGUUUUUAGGGCAUAAUUAAAAACCAACCCCAAACUUAAUAGCAAUUCAGAUAGUGUAGAAAAUAAUAUCCUCUGUCCUGCUCAGCUGAGACACUGAACAGCUUUGUGCAUGAAAGAGUAUAAAGAACAGUUCUUGUGCUGGAAGCUCUGGAGCCAAACAUCCUCAGCAGGUAUUUAGGGUAAAUGAAAAGGUAGGGACAAUCUGAUUGUGAAUAUGAGAUAUGAGAAUGACUCUUAGCAAUCCAGUCCUUUCAAAGUGAUAUUUGAACAAUAAAAAUCCCAACAGCAGAAGGAAAGAUGCUUCUGCAAUUCUUAAAGGAGAGGCAGACUUGGAUCAGAGGUGUUUGCUCAGGAGGGCUCUGUCUGUGCAGACAGAGGUGUCCUGGGCAUGGAUUUUAAUUUAAAAAUGGUACUGAAAUCAGCACAAAAAUCAGAGGGAUGUUUGAAAGUACUUUGUAGAAAUGAUGCCAUAUUCCUCUCUGUAUUUUUGUAUAAAUUCAUUUUAACCAAAUACUCAGGAAAUCUCUGAGUUUUUUCCUGGUAUAUCAUUUUCCCUCUUAGCAACUUGGCCACCUUGAUAGAUCUGUUUGACCAAGUCAGAGUGGUGCUGCCAACCUGAAAGGGUUUCCUUGUUUUGGUUCUUUUUUUUUAUGUUGUCUUUUUUAAAUCUGUCUAUAAUUUAACCAUUGUAUGGUAAAAAUAAUCUUUAAAAAAUCUGCUUACACUGUGAUUUCUGAUAGCCUUUAAUCAACACAAUCUCAUUUUCUUUUGGGAUAUGCAGGUUUCAAAAGUGUUCUUAUAUAUGCCCAGAAAUGAAAGUUGUCUAUUUAUCAUAGGAAUGUGAUUAGGUAAAUCCACAAUCCCAGUACAGCUCUUUCAUAUGUGCUGGAUAGACGAGUUAGUUAAAUUGCCUUUUAAUCUCUAUGGGUUAAUAAAUAUUUUUUUAUAACUAGCCACAGAUAGUCCUUUUUAAAUUAUACUUGGCAAACAGAAGAUAUUUAAUUUUAUAUACAAUAUACAUAGUUACCAUGAUUGACAUAUUUAUAACGUAGAGCUUUGUGUUUACAAUGAAGGUUUUAUGUUGGUUUUUUGUUGUUUUUUUUUUUUUUUUACCCAUGGACUUCAUGGGUAAAACUUUAAAAAGCCAGUUAGCAUAUAUGGGAGGAUAUGGAAACUAUUUCGUGGAUUCAGGAUGAGGACAUAGGAGCAUUUCAAAAAGCAGUGGCCAGAUUGUAGUAACAGAGUAUGUGGGGGGGUUUCUUAUUUUUUGGUUGGGGCUGGUCCCUACAGCUGUUUUAAUAACAUCUGGAUGUGAGUAACAGAAUGGAAUAUGACCAUCUGCCUCUUCUGACUGUCCCAGGCUAUUGUGUGGAGUACAGGAAAUUUCAGGGUAUUGUAUUGUUUUGGACAAAUGUCUCAAUAGACAUAUUUAAUUAAAACCUUCAUGUGUUUGAAAGAAAACACCCUCUCUGAACUAGGCUGAUUUACCACUUUUGGUAACCUUUUAAUCCCAAAAGUAGUACUGUCUAAAUACUUUUAGUAAUGUUACAUCUGUCCUGAUGUCUACUGGUUUAAGUGGUUCUGGCACCCUUUUAUUACAACAAUUGCUACCUUCAUUUUUCUACUGUUUAUACUUUAAUCUUGAAUGUUUACUGGUUUCUACUUGUUAGAUAUUGUGGAGGGAGAGUGUAUCUUAGCACUACAGAUCAUCCAGCUUUAACUCAUUCAUCACAGUUCUGGAGUAAGGAAAUAUUUUGGUUUAUAUAUUGUGGCCAAUCGAUUGCAUUUUAAAAUGAUUUCUGUACUUUAGGCACAACAUUUAUGACAUAACGAAUGACUUAGCUGAUCAUUAUAUCUGUCUAGACUUACUCUCUUCUGUGUUAGUGUCAUUUUGAAACUAUUUGUAUAUGUUGAAGUUUGUAAGGGUUCAGGAACCCACAAUAAAAUAGUAAAGUAUGUAUUUAUUUCUCAUUAUAACGCUCGAUUUUGAUUUGAAAGUUGACACUUUGUACGUCUUUUCACAGAAUUGUAAACAAAUACCGAAAAACUGCUUCACCUGGGGUGCCUUCCGUGUCUGGUGUAAACACUUGUCACUCACAGAAAUAGAGAUGUAAAUUUAUUGAACCAGUCAGCACUAUUUUUGUACCGUGAGUCCCUGAUGCAUCUCUGCCUUCCCUGUGCUUUGUUCCCACCACCCCAGUCCGUGGCUGCUGCUCGUUCCUUCCCCCUGGGCACUGCCAGGGACUCUGAUGCCAGGGUGUCCCUUUGCCCUGCCCUGCCCUGGCUGCACUGGGGGUGGAGAUCAGGCACGUGGCUGCUGGAGGUGGAAGGUGCUCCAGAUUCUGUCCUUGAGACCUGGGAGAGAUGCUCAGGGUGGGAAAUCUCUGUCCCUGGGACUGAUCCUGGGUCCUCUGCAGGAACACUGCAGGCCCAGCCUCAACAUUCUCCUGGCUAACAAGUCAUGGUUUAUGGCACCUGAGGAGCAUCCAGGCCUGACCAGAAGGUUAUGCCAGGGCUGUAGGUGCUGUCCUGACAGAUCUAUAAUUGCAAACAGCUCGGAAGGAUUGGCUGAGAUAGCAGGUUCCACUUUCUGGCCUGAGCAGAGGGGAUGCAGUUUUCCUGUUCCCAUGUGAGCACGAUGUGCUGUGUAACACCCUUGGUGCUUUGCUGUGGCAGUAGAACCUGUCCUAUGGAGUCCCAGCAGCUCUCACUGCCCACUCUGGGUGCCUGUGCAGCACUGCCUGGUGUCUGGCCCUGGGCAGGUCCCCUUGGCCUGGGGGGCUGCAGCUCAGGGGUCCCUUUCUCCUGAGCGAGGACUUCAGGAUAUCACAGGUUAGCACAUGUUCACACAGGGACAGUUUACAGCCCUGGGGGAUUUCCCACUGCUUUGGUGAGUUCUGGAGGUUCUCCAGGACCACUUGGCCAGCUGGUGAAGCAGCUGUUUGCCACAGUGGUGCCUCCAGCUGUGCCCUCUGUGCCCAGUGGAAGUGCAGCAUCUUCCAGCUCUGUGUGUGAAAGUUGUUCUCUCGAUGCUUGACCAAUCUCAGUACAGGAAAACAGAACCUCCACCUUGUUCCUACGCCAGUAACAAUUUUUCAGUCUGUUGGUGUUUCUUUCUGUUGGUGUCUGCUAAUGAAAAACACAAGCUGGAGAAUUGUAAUGUCUUGCAAUACAGAAAGCAGUCCUGUUUUUAAAAUCCAUUCUGUUAUAGCAUAAUUUAAAUGGUGUAUUUAUCAGUUUUAAAUGUCAUUUUGGUUUCCCAGUCUUUUGUAUAUGGGCACAAUACUUUUUGUAAAUUUUUUUUUUUAGUUGUCUUUCUGUCUUUUCUUUCUGGUCUUGGAAGAUUUGGGUUUUCAUGGUACUCUUCUGAUCAUUCUUCAUAGUGGUAAAAGUCUGUAUUUUUGUAUGUAGGGAAAAUGGUAGUUUUCUAACACUUAACCCAAUCAAUAUAGUAUGGAAUCAUUUGUGAAGGACUUCCUGUUUAAUAAAUGGACAUAUUAAAGUA